UUAAACUGUCAACAGACUUAAACAGGUUCACACACCCCUCAUCUAGCUUGUGUAAACUCGUUUUUCUACAUUAAGAGUGAGUGUACUCGGAAUGUCAGAGGAAAGAGAGUUAUGUUUAAUGACGGAGGUGUAAAUAAAACAGAGGACAGACAUGGAAACCUGCGUUAUGUCAGCGCUAAACAAACCCGCAGCAGAGCUGACGGUUAUGGAUGUGUACGACAUAGCGGCGGUGCUCGGACACGACUUUGAGCGGAUUAUCGACAGGUUUGGGUGCGAGUCUCUUGUCGGGUUAGUGCCCAAAGUGGUGCGGGUUCUGGAGCUGCUGGAGGCGCUGGUGAGCCGCGGAGCCGCAGGACAGGAGGCCGAGGAGCUGCGGAGGGAGCUGGAGAGGUUGCGACAGGAGCGAAGCGACAGAUACGAGCAGGAGAGGAAACACCAGAAGGAGUUGGAGCUGGUGGAGGAUGUAUGGAGAGGAGAAGUCCAGGACCUGCUCUCUCAAAUCACUCAGCUUCAGGCAGAGAACAAGAGGCUGUUAGUGAGCCUCUCUCUCAAAGAUUCCCCCGUCACAGAGGAAGACCUGCAGAAACAGCAGGCAGGAAUGUCAGAAAAAGAAAGACAAGUAAUGAAGAAGCUGGAAGACUUGGUGGAUAAACAGAGAGAUGAAAUCCGGGCUAAAGACCAUGAGCUAACACUAAGAAACGAGGAUGUUGAGGCGCUCCAGAUGCAGCAGCAUCGACUGAUAAGGAUCAACCAGGACCUUCGUCACAGGGGAGGAGUGAUGGAAACCCAGGGCAAGGCACUGAUCCAGCAGAGGGCUGAGCUGGAGGCAGCAGCUCAGGCACGGCAGCAGGAGAUAGGGGCUUUGCAGUUGGAGGUCACAAGGCUGAGGAGGGAGCUCCGGGACUGGGAAUUGGAGAGAGAGAUCACUGAGAUAGCAGAGUGCUCUCUUACAAGAUCUGGGAUGUCACCACCUGCAUCACCACAUAUCACCUCCUCAGAAGCAGCACCAUCGAACUCCUUCAAACCAGAUUCAGUGUGGGUGGAGUGCAGAAGGGACCCUGUCUUCAUGGCGAACUGUUAUGACGGCAACAAGAGUCCUUCCCUUCUCUCAAGGUCAUCUAACAGAGAAAAUAAGGAGGUGGAGGGUGAUGAAGAUGAGGACACGACAGCUUUGUCACUGAAGGCGCCAACUGAUGCAGAGGAGGAGACAGAUAGCCUGGAGCAGGAGUCCGACAAACCUUGCUUCACUCUGCAAGAGCUACGGGACGUGCUGCAGGAGAGGAACGAACUGAAGGCCCAAGUGUUCGUGCUACAGGAAGAGCUGGCAUAUUACAAAAGUGACGAGUCUGAGGAUGACAUCGGUUCCAUUGUUUGUACUUCAUCUCCUCCACCGACCCACAGUUCCACUGAUCAACCUGAAUCAGGAAUUAGACGCUUGAUCUUCACUGCCAUAAUGCCAAUGGUGGCAGCUGGUUUGAUCGCAGAUGAUCCCACACUGUUGCCAAUCAGAAGACUUGUUUCCUUUGUAUGACCUUGCAUUUAAAUUCUCCCAGUACAAUUGCUCUUAUUUUCACACCAAGUCAACACCAGUUAUUUCUCUCAGCACAGUUUGCCAACAGACAUAUUUACAUGAAUUGUAAAGUACAAGUUUAGUGGCUGUAUUACUUGUAACUGUGAUGAAUGAACCACUGUUGUUUUUAGUGGCGUCAACUUUUGUAUUAUAUUUUGGUAACAUUUUAGCUAACUUGGUAAGCCUUGUGAGACAACUGGCCAAACCUGGACUUGCUUAUGUGUAUUUAUGACUUCUCAGGGUUUUGUGACUUCAGUCACCAUCUAUCAGUGCUUCACUUGAUAUAUAACAGUGUUAUGCUUCUUUAUUUGUAAUGCAAUACAUGCUGCUGUAUUGUCAAAUAACUUAGCAUCUAAUGUUCUCACUACAGUGCCUGCUCCUAGCUCAGAAAUGGUUUCACUUCAAUGCAUAAUAUAUUUGCUUGCCAGUAUGGCAAGUAGUGCCUGUAAUAUGGAUUAUUGAAUUGAGUUUUCACUUUAAAGUUCCUUAGUGGCCUCAGGAUAACACCAUCAUGAGUUAGAAAUAGGUCCAGCUGUCGUAAUACCUACAAAGCUGAUGAGACAUUAUGUCUCGUGAUAUUAAAAUGUAUCUGAUGGCAUAUAUGUUCUAUAUAUAAUCAUGUUAAAUAAGAUGUUUUAGUCUGGUUUCAAGGCUCAGUGAAUGAGUUAGAUGACCAUGUGCCUCUAUAUUCCUCUAAAAGACUAUGAUAUAAUGUGCUUAUUGCCUGCACUGAGUCAUCCUCUAAAUUUUUGAGGGUGUUACUUACAGCACUACAGUCUGGUACCGCACCUUCUUGUUUACACUAGUACAAUCACGCUGGUAAAACACCAGGAGAAAUAUAUUCCAACAAAAAUGCUUACUGUAAAAACAUGCUUUAACUAUCAAUCAAUUAGG